CUGGAUGAAAAAAACAUUUUGUUUUCUUUCCUAGGCAAUCCAACUUAAGAGAGACUUUGCUGCAACCUGCAAGUGCUUGUCAGCUGCCUUGCCACUCUUGAGUGAAUUCUUUCAGCUUGCUGGUCAGUUCCUAAACCACAGGUGCUUUCUGGUCACUUUUGGCUAAGUGGCAACGUUGAAAGGCCUGUAGUUGUUGAAACAAAAUGAAAUUCUUUCAGGUUUGUAUCCUAGGACACUUAAGAACUUGGAUUUGAUUUCACAGGAUGGUUAUACAUAAAAUACAGAUCAAGCACCCACAAGGUUAAAUUGCAGGAAAGCCCUCUUGGAUGCAAGACAAAGGCGGGGUAUAAAACGAAAACAAAAGUAACCGGAGUUAAGAAGAGGUCUUUGGAUUUCAUUCACACCGCACUCAAGACUGCUCCUCUCUGCUCACUGAAACAGAUUGCAGCCAUGGCUUUGGAACACAACCAAUCAAUGGAUUACUACUACGAGGAAAAUGAAAUAAACGGCACUCACGACUACAGUCAGUAUGAAGUGGUCUGUGUAAAAGAAGAGGUCAGGAAAUUUGCCAAAGUUUUCCUGCCUGCCUUCUACACAAUAGCUUUCAUCAUUGGACUUGCCGGAAACUCCAUAGUAGUGGCGAUUUAUGCCUACUACAAGAAGCAGAGAACCAAAACAGAUGUGUACAUCCUGAAUUUGGCAGUGGCAGAUUUACUCCUCCUAUUCACUCUGCCCUUUUGGGCAGUUAAUGCAGUUCAUGGGUGGGUUUUAGGGAAAAUCAUGUGCAAAGUCACUUCAGCCUUGUACACAGUCAACUUUGUCUCUGGAAUGCAGUUUUUGGCUUGUAUCAGCAUAGACAGAUACUGGGCAGUUACUAAAGCACCGAGCCAUUCAGGGGUGGGAAAACCAUGCCGGCUCAUCUGCUUCUGUGUCUGGAUGUUUGCCAUCUUGCUAUGUAUACCUCAGCUGGUUUUUUAUACAGUAAAUCACAACGCUAGGUGCAUUCCCAUCUUUCCAUACCACCUGCAAACAUCACUGAAGGCAUCAAUUCAAAUGCUGGAAAUCUGCAUUGGAUUUGUUAUUCCCUUUCUCAUUAUGGGCGUGUGCUACUUUAUCACGGCAAGGACCCUCAUCAAGAUGCCAAACAUUAAAAAAUCUGGACCCCUCAAAGUUCUGUUCACAGUGGUUAUAGUUUUCAUUGUCACUCAGUUGCCUUACAACAUUGUCAAGUUCUGUCAAGCCAUAGACAUCAUCUACUCCCUGAUCACCGACUGCGAAAUGAGCAAACGCAUGGAUGUUGCCAUCCAGAUCACAGAGAGCAUUGCACUCUUUCACAGCUGCCUCAACCCAGUCCUGUAUGUUUUUAUGGGAUCCUCUUUUAAAAACUACAUUAUGAAAGUUGCUAAGAAAUAUGGGUCCUGGAGAAGAAGACAAAGACAAAAUGCAGAGAUUCCUUUGGAUUCUGAAGUCCUUACAGAGCCAACCAGUACAUUCAGCAUUUAAAUGUAAAACUGCCUUCUAUCUUGCUUCGAUACACAUGAAUGAUGCUUUGCCCUCAGAUAAAACAUCUGCAUUAUUCUGAACUUCAAACCUCAGACACGUGGUCGAAACUUACAACAAAGAAGAGUUAGGGUGAGGAACAGGGGAGGGUAGAAGCCAAGAAGAAGAGGAAACAAAAUAAUGCAUAAAACAUGCAAAUUAAAAUAAACAAUAUUGGAAAAUAGUAGUAACAAGCAUAAGUAAUAAGACCAUCAUGCUAUAAGUAGGCCAUCUAACAUCAAUAAAGAGGCUUAUAUUAAGGGGCAUUUAUUAUUAUUUUACAUUACAUAAAAAUGAUUUUCCUGUAUAAUUUUAAUACUUGAAUAAAUAUACAGCAAAAUUUAAUCUACUCUUCUUUUCUUGUUUCUUAAUUUGUGAGUUCAUAAAACUCCCAAAAUAACAAUCAACAAUAAAAAAGUACAUAAAAAGCUUUUCUGGCCUAUUUAAUACAUUUCUGGUAAGUUUCUAAAUACACAGUUUGCUUCCCUAUGUCACCUUUCUUUAGUAGGGAACUGGUUAUCCCAUUAGAUUUAUCACGCACACUCUGGAAGCGAUCCUCAGACAACCACAUCUGAUAAUUACUAUAAUCAGUUACUUUUAUAACUUUCUAAAGGGUUCAUUUAUUUAUGUGAGUCUAUUACUGAGAGCUGACUAAACAAUGUAUUCUUCUAUGUAUAAAGAUUCUUACUUUUCAUUUAAAAACUUGUAUUUUUAAGACAUGAAAAUAUGUA